AUGUGGAUCAGAGCAAAUGCUGGAUCUCGGAUAACCGACUACGAUAUUGCUGGUCUGGUCAAUCAAGCGUUCACAAAAGUAGUUCCAGUAGACAUUGCGAUCUCUGGGUUCAAAUGUACAGGAAUUCACAAAUUCUACAGACAUAUAUUUUCUGACCUGGAUUAUUUGCCUGCAGACGUGACCAAUAUUCCACUAGAACAGUCGGGAACUUCUUCAAACGCAGCAGGUUGCACCGGGGAAGUUUCCGUGUAUUUCACUUUGGCUGGUAGCUCAUCAACUUUCUGCGAUGCAGAAUUGUGUAACAAUUUGGUGUCAGAAGAAUCCAAAGACACUCCUAAAAGAUCUCCCCGCAAACCAACAAUCAGCAGUUCCAAACCAUCAACGAGCUUUGAACCAAAUAUUGUCCAGUUUGUCCAUAAUUUAUCCCCAUUGCCCGAUGCUUCCAAAAAACGAUCAGCGGCUCGGAGGAGAAAAUGUGAAAAAAGUGAAAUUCUAACAUCAUCACCGUACAAAAUUGCCGUCGAAGAAAAAGAGAAUGGAAAGAACGUUAAAGACAAAAAGAAAAGAUUGGGAAAUAGGCGAGAAGGGGAAACAAACCAAAGGAAUAAAAGUCAAAGGAAAAAGUGGAGAAGCAAAGAAGGAACCGUUAACUGA